UGGCCUUUGGGCUUGUCUGGGGGCGGGGGAGGGGUGGCAGACAACUUUGUGGAUUGAUCUAGCUCAGGAAGGUGAGAAGGAGGCUUGGAGGUGAGAGUUUAGCUCUCCUGCUCAUCUCUUUAGGUAAAUACAUCCACAUAACAUUUCCCCUUCUCUUUCCAUCCUCGGGGCGCUUAGACCUCGGAGCUCAGAGCUGAGAUGUGAGCUCUGCUUCCCUACAUGGGGGCUUCCCUCAGAGAUUCCCCCCAAGUACAAGCCUGCUUCCACAGUCACCAUCACCCACCUUCUAAAGGAAAAGGACAAUUAGAGUCCCCAUCACCAGCCUCUGGGGCCUUGGAUAUCUUGGCCCAGAGGGCAUGGACACAGCAGAAAGGCUCCAGACGAGACCCCCGUGGAACAGAAAGAGCAUGGACUUCAGGAGCCCAGUCCCACCAUUCACUGGCUGGGUCAUUCUGAGCUAACUACCUACCAGUGCAUCUCAGUUUCCCUGUCUGUAGAAUGGGGUAAUACUGGUCCUACCGCACAGCAGGGUGGGACCAGAGGUCAUGUGAAGAGGCUGGUGGGUGCUUCAUCCCAGGCAGGGGCUGGUGGGCGCAGGGAGGAGGCCCUAGGGACAGCCACUGCCCCAGAGAGGAUGGUGGGUGGGGCCCAAGAACAUGUUAUGCCUUUUGACAUCUGCUCAGUGCAGUUAUCUCAUUUGGAUCCUCUGACAUUACUGUUCCCACUUCUAGAAAAGUGCCUGGGGCCCAAAGAAAAGGAGCUUGUGCCAAUGCACCAGCCCCUCUCAGAGCCUGUCUGUCCUGAGUCAGCAGGCCAGCUCUCAAGCCCACACUGGGUCCUCCCACAGCCCCAGCUGCACCUUCUCCCCCAUCCCUGGUCCCCAACCUGUUGCACCCGCUAUUUGCUGCCAGUCGGGGCGGCCUUGACACCUCUAACCGGGUGGCCAGACCGCAGAGAGGGGGAGCCAGGGGUGACAGAGGCAGUGGAAGCCAGCGCUCCUAGCCAAGCCCACCGCCUGCCCCCUGGAGGGAGGCUCCUCCUUUUAAGGCUGCUUCUGGGAAUUUCCACCCCCAGAGCCAGACUCAGCAACCCCUGGCCCGGGAAUGAUACCAGCGCUCACCCUUGGGGAGGUGGGGCACCAGACCUGAGGGCAGGAGAAGCUGGCCCCUGGGGAACGGAGGCGGGGCCCUCCCAUCCAGGUCUGAGGGUCAGGGAAAACGUGGGAGACCACGGGGUCCAGCCUCCUUAGCCAGCAGCUCCAGACUCUGUGCGCGGGCAGCCCCGCAAGAGGCUGGCAGCCCCCGCCAGCAGUUGCUUUGCCCGCUCACUGGCCAGGAAGGUGGACACCUCACACCUCAGUCUCCCAAUUACGCCCUCCUCCCCCACUCCUCCCCUCCCUCUCUCUCCCUCCUCCCCUCUCUCUCCUCCUCUCCCCCCUGAAAACCUGUGGCUUGAAGAGACCUUGGCUUCUCUGGGACUCUACCCCUCUCUACCCCUGGGGACUGCCCAUAUUUGCUCCUGAGUUUGGGGGCAGGGGGGCCACCACCCCAAGGACUCUCUCCGGAGAUGGGAGCCACCCGCCUGCUGCCCCACGUCACUCUGUGCCUCCAGCUACUGAUUCUCUGCUGUCAAACUCAGGGGGAGAAUCACCCGUCUCCUAAUUUUAACCAGUACGUGAGGGACCAGGGCGCCAUGACCGACCAGCUGAGCCGGCGGCAGAUCCGAGAGUACCAGCUCUACAGCCGGACCAGUGGCAAGCACGUGCAGGUCACCGGGCGUCGCAUCUCUGCCACCGCGGAGGAUGGCAACAAGUUCGCCAAACUCAUAGUGGAGACGGACACAUUUGGAAGCCGCGUGCGCAUCAAGGGUGCUGAGAGUGAGAAAUACAUCUGUAUGAACAAGAGGGGCAAGCUCAUUGGGAAGCCCAGCGGAAAGAGCAAAGACUGCGUGUUCACGGAGAUCGUGCUGGAGAACAACUACACAGCCUUCCAGAAUGCCCGGCACGAGGGAUGGUUCAUGGCCUUCACCAGGCAGGGUCGGCCCCGCCAAGCUUCUCGCAGCCGCCAGAACCAACGAGAGGCUCACUUCAUCAAGCGCCUCUACCAGGGCCAGUUGCCCUUCCCCAACCACGCGGAGAGGCAGAAACAGUUCGAGUUCGUGGGCUCAGCCCCCACGCGCCGGACCAAGCGCACUCGGAGGCCACAGCCCCUGACGUAGUCGGGGACACUGGGGGCAGCUGCCCCUCACCAGCCUUCCCAUCCCCUUCCCUUCCUAAUCCCAAGACUGGGCUGGGGUGGAGGGAGGGGAACCAGAGCCCCCAAGGUGGACGGGGAAGACCAACCAGCGUCAGAGCCUCGAGCCGGAAAGGGGCGGGACUGCCACAAACCAGGGCUGGGGCCUCCGGGCAGCCGCCCCAGACCCCCGCACGAAAUAGGCCCCGGGGGUGGGGGUGGGGCAGACCCCCAGGCGAGGAACUGUAGUGUUCCCUCGGAUGCAGGCUCCCUAAAACUGGUGGAAAGGGCAGCAGAUUCAAGGCCCUGCAGACACGGUCCGGAGGUGGUUCUCUUUAAACUCUGCCUGCAGAGUCUUCCUCAGUCUGCUCCCAGCCUCCACAUUCCUCCUGGCCAGACUGUAGGAAGGGACUUUUGUGUUUGUUUCAGGAAAAAAGAAAAGGGGGGAAGCGAAAGAGAGAGAGAGAUGGCCAUUCUUCACAUUCCACUACCCAGGCCUGCACCCCCACCCCCAAUUUCGAGUCCCAGAAUAAAACCAUUUUCCUGCA